AAGUGCAUUCGUGCCUGCCACGAGGACGUCUGUAUGGCUGAGGGAACCGUCUGUAAGCAGAGCUGCGUGAUUGAGCGUGAAAGCUGUGCUCAUCCGUGCAAUGCACCGUGCCACGAGGGCGAGUGUCCGGAUGUACCGUGCCGUGUGUCGGUUGAGGUCACCUGUGAGUGUGGCAAUCGGAAGCAGCAACGCACUUGUCACGAGUUUUCGAAGGAAUACCGUCGGAUCGCAUCGAUGCAGCUCGCUUCCUCGGUGCAGGAGAUGCAACGCGGAGGAUCGGUCGAGUUGAGUGACAUUCUGGCACCGAAAGGCCGUCCAAAGAACAACAAAACGCUCGAGUGUAGCGAAGAGUGCCGAAUGCUGGAACGGAAUCGACGCCUAGCGAUGGCCCUGCAAAUCCGCAAUCCGGAUCUUCCGUCAAAGCUGCAGCCAAACUAUUCCGAGUUUUUGCGCACUUACGCCAAGAAGGAUAUGGCGCUGGUGCAGAUGAUACACGAGAAGCUGACGGAGCUCGUGAAGCUGGCCAAGGAGAGCAAGCAGAAAUCGCGUUCCCAUUCGUUCCCGGUCAUGAACCGGGAGAAGCGUCGGGUUGUGCAUGAGAUGUGUCACAUGUUUGGCGUCGAAUCGGUGGCCUACGAUGCGGAACCGAAUCGGAACAUUGUUGCCACUGCGGAUCGGUUUACGUCCUGGCUACCGAGCAUGAGUCUGAUGGAGGUGCUGCAGCGUGAGAAUGGUCAGCGACGCAUAAUCGUCCCCAACCUGAAUGCCUGGGGCCGUACGAGCCUUAACGCGAGCACCAGCAGCAAAUAGAAGGGGCAACUCGUCCGAUUCGUCGAUUCCACGGCUGUUAAACUGCCCUUUAUGUCCUAAUUGAAGCUUCAUUUGCACGUGAUGAUGAUCCGCGAGACGGAACCUUUUGUUUAGAGACUCUUACGUUAGAUCCUUGGUUUUGUAAUUGCUUUCUUUUGUGUCGUACGGACGUGUUCAUUCAAUAUUAAACCACCUCAGCCUAGCGGGCAGGAACGGGGAUUAAAGUGGCGCGGGUCAUAACGCGGGGUUAUGUAAUCAUAAUUUAUCCUAAUAAAUUCAU